AAACCUGGCUGACAAGCUCCUGGACAACAGCUGCUGUAAACGCGUAUUAGCCGCCUGGGGCCCAAGUGUUUUUUAGGAUAUAAGGAAAGAACAACAGAGGAAACUGUAUCAAAACGAGGCUGUGCUAGGCGCAGGAAAGGCAGUUAGAGGGUGGCGUCAUUUUAAAAGAAGAUUUCAUCUCUUUCCACCCUAAAACUCAGUCGCAGCUCGAUUCCAGAUGCCUUUAUCCUUUCGCUGGGCGGUGAGCUGAUGGCCCAGGUUCGAGAAGUUUCCCUGCCUUCUGGCUCUUUGGUCCUUUGGAGCUCGGGAAGUGGGAUAGGAGCCUUCCCCUAGUACGCUAUGGAGAAGGAGAGGGAAAUGGAGAAGGCGGUGGGGAGGAGAAUGUGUGUUCAAGCCUGGGAGCUGAGGAGAUGAAGCUGGAUCCGUUACAGGGGCACAACCUCGCGCAGGAGGAGAACUUGAUGUUGAGUGGCGGCAGCAGCGGCAGCGGCAGCGGCAGCGAUGAGAAGGUGCUUCUCUCAACGCCCCCUGGCUGUCACAGUGGCAGCUGGCCCCUGUGUUUGCGCCGCCGGUCUCGCCCUCGGGCCCUGCCUCUGGCCCACUCCCGAGGUCCGCCGGGGCGUUCAGCUCCACCCCUACCACUAGCCCAUUCUCCUGCGUCUCUGCUGCUACAGCUGCUUCCGGGUUCCCGAACCUGGUGCAGAUCUCUGCGUAGUUAUCCCCCCAGAUCAAGGCGUCAGACAAAGCAAGGCUGUUCUGGAGAUCGAAGUGCCUUUGGGGACUGGUUGCUGGAAGGUGGAGUUUGAUCACGGGCCCACUGGCUGCUCUCAUGUGGAGAGCUUUAAAGUAGCUAAGAACUGGCAGAGGAACCUGCGGUUGAUCUACCAGCAUUUCGUUUGGAAUGGGACCCCAGAGACUAGGAAACGUAAGGCAAAGUCGUGCAUCUGUCAUAUAUGUAGUACCCAUACUACAAACUCCAUGCUUGUCUCUCCUGUGUCUUUUUUGGCUGCUUUACUGAGAAACAUAUUCACAAACAUGCAGAAACAAAACAGCACAAUUUAGCUGUAGAUUUGUAUCAUGGGGUUGUGUUUUGCUUUAUGUGUAAGGAUUACAUAUAUGACAAAGACAUAGAACAGAUUGCCAAAGAAACGAAAAAGAAUAAAUUUAAAUUAACUUCCACUCAACAGAGGUGAUUUAAAAAGUGUAUGACAUCAGAUAUUGAAGAUAAACAAUCAGCCCGUGAGCACAAGAAACAGGAGACAAAAUUGGUGAAACCCAAGGAAAGGAAAACAGUUUAUACUGUACGCCUGAGGGGACUGAUUAAUCUUGGGAACAUCCUUAUGAACUGUAUUGUCCAGGCACUUAUUCAUAUUCCUCUACUGAAAAACUUCUUCUCUAAUAAGCAUAAAUUUGUAAUGAUAAGCCCUAGCUUGUGUCUUGUCUGUGAGAUACCUUCUCUUUGUCAUGCUAUUAACUCUGGGAUCCAAACUCCUCACAUUCCCUAUAAGUUACUAAACUUGAUUUGGAUUCAUGCAGAACACUUAGCAGGGUACAGGCACCAGGAUGCCCAUAAGUUCCUCAUUGCCAUAUUAGAUGUGCUGCAUAGAUACAGCAAAGAUGAUGGCAAUGUACAAGAGGCCAAUAACCCCAACUGCUGUAACUGCAUAAUAGAACAGAUAUUCACAGGUGGCUUGCAGUCAGAUGUCACAUGUCAAGCUUGCCACAGUGUUUCCACCACAAUAGAUCCAUGCUAGAACAUAAGUUUGGACUUGCCUGGGUCUUGUGCUACAUUCAGUUCUCCGAAUCCAGAGAAGGCUGACAGUACAGUUGACUAUAUACCAGGAAUCCCUUCACUAGAUUGCCUGAAGUGGUUUACAAGGCCAGAAGACCUAGGAAGCAGUUCCAAAAUCAAAUGCAGUAGUUGUCAAAGCAACCAGGCAUCCACAAAACAGCUCAUGAUGAAGAAAUUACCUAUUGUAGCCUGUUUUCAUCUUAAGUGAUUUGAACACGUGGGUAAACAGAGAUGAAAAAUUAAUACUUUUAUUUCCUUUCCCUUAGAACUUCACAUGACUCAAUUUUUAGCCUCCACUAAAGAGAACAGAAUGAAAGAAGGUCAGCCACCAGCUGACUUUGUGUCUACUGAGAAUAAGUACCAUGGAACUUUGGAAAGUGGACAUUAUAUCAGUUUUACCAGGCAGCAGAAGGAUCAGUGGUUCAGUUAUGAUGAUGCUGUCAUUACCAAGGCUACCAUAGAGGAUUUACUUUUAAGUGAAGGAUAUUUACUAUUCUAUCACAAACAGGAUCUUGAAAAAGAGAAAGACUAGUCUUACCAGAAUACUUAUCAGAAAAAAGUAAAAGGGAUGAAUAAACAAGGAUAUGCAAACCUAAUCUGGAAUGGACAAUAACAACUAUACAACAAGCUCCUCUUGAAAUAUCAUAAAACCUACCUGGAAUGAACAAUUGACAAUAGUACCUAUGUGAUAAUUAGCUUCUUGAUACGAAUAAUGUAUUUUAACAUGGUGUGUGGGUCUGGUUGGGGAGAGUAAAAACCAGUGACCGCUUAGCCUUAAAAAUAGGAAAAGGAAGA